UAACGAGUUGUAAUAGGUACUACAAAAAUUAUUCUGCAAUAAGCAAUAUUACUUUGAGAGAGAUUAUUUUAUAACUAGAGUACGCAUAUACUUCUAGAUUGUACAGUUAUACAAGCAGUAACUAAAACAUACUUUCAAAUUAUCUGAAAUAAUCUUGCACACAAUGCCGAAAAAGCCGCCGAGGAAUGCUUUUUACUUUUACAUGGUGAACUUCAAAGAGGAGCAGAGGCAGAAGGGAAUCCAUUAUGAGAACAUGGCUGAGGUGGCCGAAGCUGCUGGUCCACUGUGGAGAGACGCACCGCCAUCUAUCCGCACGAAAUUCGAAACAAUGGCGAAACGCGAAAAGGAGAAGAACAACCUGCCAACCAAAAAGUUCACGUCCACGGGUGUGUCCAUAGCGGAGAUUGAGCAGCAGGAACGGGAACAACGGGAGGCGGAGGAGGCUGAGCGGAGGGAUAUAAAGAACUUUGUCGCUGUUAACACUAUUAGCGGACGUGCACCCAAAAUAGAUAUAUUCCUAAUGGACGUGAAUGCGUUCUGCAAAGUGGGCUCCGAGUAUUUGAUCGGCGAGUGUACGAUACUGCGCUUCAAUUUACAAGAUGGGAUCAUGAAUAUAUACCAUGAAAUGAUUAAUCCAGGUUCAAUACCAAUGGGUUACGCGUACGAAGCCAAACUGGGCAGCCAAGAAUUCUGUAUCCCGCUACCAGACGAGACCAUACCUCGUAGCAACUACAUGCACAUACUAGCAACAACUAUAGAUUACUUGAAACAAAACAAUAGGAACGCUAAUACACUGCCUCCGAUAUUCACGAUGCCGGAUAAAGUUGCACCCGUACAGGAUUUUAUCAUGCAAAUGUGUAGACGGGCUGAGGAAGACGACUCUCUAUUCCGAGUGUAUAAAUUGGACGCACUGUUCUUCACACUCAUCAAUGCUAUUAAAUCUCGACCUGAUGAAGGGUUCCCGAAGGAAUCUCUGGCUCUGGUGCAACUGAAGAAAGAUAUGUUCAAAUACACGCCAGGGAUUGGGUGUGAGCACCACAACACAGAAGACAAAACGGUGGAAUGUACUUCGUCCCGGGUCAAACGAUGGGCGUUCACAAUCAUGGACAGCUGCUGUCCAAUAGUAGGUGUUGAUAUGAAACCUGGGAACCAUCUGCCCUAUGAUUAUGAUAUGGAUAGCAUAUUAAUGUAUCAAGAACAGAAGAAAGGCAAAAUGGGAGCGACUGUUGCUGACCUGUCGGACCAAGCCAGCAAUAUAUCUCUAGUCAGUGACACGUCUACUGUUAUGUAUGAUACGGCUUCUUCACUCAACUCUUCCGCUGAAACGAGCAAAAAUAAGCAGGUGUACGUGCCCUUACGUAUGCCGAAAGCGAACUAUACGAAGGAAUUGUCAGCGGCGCCUGAAUUAUCGGAAUCGGACUUUCCCAGUCUACCGCUUGCUGGAAGAGGUCGCGGUAUGGGAUCGAGUCGCAGUCUCGCAAGCAGUGUCGGUAAAAACAGCAAGUAAAAUGAAGAAAACUAAAAAUGUAAACUCGGUUCUCAAAUACCAGUAUAAGACGUAGUAUCCGUUAUCAUAAAUAUUUUAAAAUGUCCACUUUGAGAAUAUUUUAUUGAUUCAUUUGAACAUUCUGUCUUUAAUAAUCUUUUUCGUUCAAUUAAAAUAACUAAAUACACAAUGCUAUACAAAAACGAACUUAAAAACUGUACUCAAAUGCGAAUGCCAAAUUAUAUUCAAAAGGACCAAACUUUAAAGAAAAAUCAUUCACAUUGACAUCAUUUUAAGGUGCAUUCACAAAUGUACAAAAAACAAUAAAUUUUAACAACCUAAGCCAAAGUAAAUUCAACCUUAUUCAGUUGAAUUAAGGUCGAAUUACUGACGUGUUUUGUCGCUCAUUGUGUAUUUAGCUGCAUUCUCCAUAACAUGAAUAAAAUUUCCAAACGGCUCUAAAAAUAUAGUUGUUGGAUUCUCUAUAUAAUAAAUAUAUUAAAAAAACGUCCAUUGGAUUUGAAAACAUAUUUUUUUUUUAGUUUUUAAUUGUAAGAAACAUUAAGAAAAAGUUUUUGGACAUACAUUAUAUUAUACAGAAUUAAAAUGGUAUUUGAGAGUUAAGUCUUAUAAUUAUUUUGUAACUUUUAAUGCUAAUGUGUUAUUUUGGCGGUAAUUUUUUUAUACUUAUGUGCUACUUUGAGCAGGGUUUCUGAAAAUAAAAGUUAUUAUAACAGUUCAUAUUUCAUAUAAUUAUUUACUUGAAAUAUAUAGAAAUAGGUGGAAUAUAUUUUGGAGUACUAAACAUUUAAAAUACUAAUUAUUUUCUUUCCUAUAUUCAAAAACCAUGUAACCAAUUUUGGUCCACCUUCUUGUGAUAUUAAGUGAUUAAAAUCACUAAAAAAUAAAAACUUCACAUGUUAUUAUAUAUUUUUAACGAAAUAAAUUUUUUGAAAUUUAAUUUUAACGGCCUUACUAAUAAAAAGUUAAACAAUGGAUAAAUUUCUACCAUUUUCUACCAUAGCUGUGUCCUGCUCUUGCUCACAUGAAACGUCAAUCAAAAAACAAGACAUCUUAUUGCAAUAACUAAUCCAUUGCAAAGCGAAUGGGUUACAUUUUAUAAGUAAGACCGUUAUUUUAUAGCAUUUAAUUGUUUCAUAAAUUAGAAACUUUCCAUGAAUAGAAAAUCGAUCGAAUUUUUCUAUUCUUUAAACAAAUUCAAAUCUUUUUUUUUAUAGGUAUUAUUUCUUUUUUUUUCUGAAGCGAUAUGUUAAGUUUAAAAUGAUAACUUCAACUAGGAGCUUAGAGACCUUUAAUUCAGAUAAUACGUAUAUAUACUUGCAUCUCUUUCUUUCACUUACGAUGACGUGAGAUAGCAUUAUAUUUUUGUAACUGAUAAGUUUAAUUCUUCGAUUAAGGAAAUUAGACUAACAUAUCAGUAACAAUUGUAAAUAUAAAUAUCUAUCUAUCGGUUUCACAACUUCUGGAUAUGUUUUGAACACCUUAUCUGGCUGUUAAAAUGACACAUAAUGUAUGAUAACGUUCGUUAAAGUAUCAAAUAGGCUAUCAGGGACAUUAUAAGUAAGUUGUGAAACCUGAAACUGUGAUUUAAAAAUGCUUCAGUACUGUCUACAUAAGGAAUCUCUGUUGCGUACAUUUGUAGAUAAAAUAAGCAUAAAAACAACUCGUUCACAAAUUGUAAGUCAGUUCAUAGAAAUUAAAAUGUGAAUUUUAAAUUCAUUACGCAUUUUGUAUUUCCUUCAGAUCUCAUACAAGUACAUUUAUUGUUGUAACUAGUGUUUUGUUUGACAUUUCAUUUUUUUUUUUCCUUAAUGUAAGUUCCAAUGUUCUCACGUUAGAAUUUAUAUGGUAAUGUUUGUAUGAUUACGUUUUGUUAAUUGUUUUCGUUGAUAAGAAUAAAGACAAAUAAAUAUUUUCUCUUA